AACUGUCGCUUCGACCUCGAACAACAGAGCAUUUUCUCGGGGUUGUAGGGUUUAUCGCUCGCUCCGUCACCCCCACCGUCGCGGUCGUCGCCGUCGUCGUCGCCGCCGCGCAGCGUAGCGUCUGUCGACCUGUUCCGUCGAGAAAUGGCGCUGAGACUCGGAAUCGCGAGACGGCUCCUCUCGACCUCGAGUUUCGCCUCCCAGCUUUCGGCUCCUGCGGCCACAGCUACCGCCGCCGCCGGCGACAAGCCCGCGCCUAUUCCUUCCGACACUCUCUUCGUCUCGGGUAAGGCACUGGGACUCGGGAUCGCGAGAAGGCUUCUCUCGACCUCGAGUUUCGCCUCUCAGCUCUCGGCUCCCGCGGCCACAGCUGCCGCCGCCGCCGCCGCCGGCGACAAGCCCGCGCCUAUCCCUUCUGAUACUCUCUUCGUCUCGGGGCUUAAUAAGAGAACGACGACAGAGAAGCUCCACGAGGCAUUCUCAAAAUUUGGCCAAGUUGUUCACGCCAAAGUGGUUACAGAUCGGAAUUCUGGGUACUCAAAAGGAUUUGGCUUUGUGAAGUAUGCGACACUAGACGAUGCUGCAAAAGGAAUAGAAGGAAUGGAUGCAAAGUUUCUUGACGGAUGGGUUAUAUUUGCUGAGUAUGCUCGGCCAAGACCUCCCCCUGGACAGGCGACAUCUCAGGACACAUACAUGCCAAGGAGCGGAUACUGAAACAUUCCGGUAUCAAUACAGGCCUAUAUUAGCAUGAACUAAGGCCUCGAAUUGUAUUCUGUUCAAGUAUCUGCACUGGACUUGUUAAGUCAUUGACGUUGGUGUUAUAUUAUUCUUUAAAUCCAAGCAUGAGGUCUUCUUUA